CUGAGCUGCUGCUGCUUCAGAGGACUUUAAUUCUGCUCUGCGGCGUGACGUCAUAAGCCUGCGCGCGCGCUCCCGCGUCUGAUGUGAUUCGGCUCAAGAGAGAGAAACUCCCGCUGAAGCGACUGAGAGCCUCGUGACACACUUAUAAAGAUGGCGUUUAUUAAAGAGGAGACUGAAGACUUCAGGAUUGAAGAAGUGUUCAGUCUGAAACAAGAAGACACUGAGGAACAAACAGACCAGCUGGUGCUGAAAGAGGAGAAUCAAGAUCCGAAUGAAAUGGAACAGACAGAUCAGAAUGAGAAACACCAUGAUUUCAUAACUGGUGAAAAAGCCACACAGUCUAAAACGGCUUCUAUACGAAAAAGAGCUCAGAAAACCAAAUCUAACAGCUCUUUCACCUGCCAUCAGUGUGGAAAGAGCUUUGCUCAACAAAACUUCAAAAGGCACAUGAGAAUUCACACUGGAGAGAAGCCUUACACCUGCCAACAGUGUGGAAGGAGUUUCACUCAAAAAGCAGCCCUUCAAAAUCACAUGAGAACUCACUCGGGAGAGAAGCCAUUCACCUGCCAACAGUGUGGAAAGAGUUUCACUCUAAAAGCAGCCCUUCAAAAUCACAUGAGAACUCACUCGGGAGAGAAGCCAUUCACCUGCCAACAGUGUGGAAAGAGCUUUGCUCAUCAAGUAACCUUUAAAAGGCACAUGAGAACUCACUCGGGAGAGAAGCCAUUCACCUGCCAACAGUGUGGAAAGAGCUUUGCUCAACAAGUAACCUUUAAAAAUCACAUGAGAGCUCACUCGGGAGAGAAGCCAUGCACCUGCCAACAGUGUGGAAAGAGUUUCCCUUCAAAACAAAACCUUAAAGUCCACAUGAGAGUUCACACUGGAGAGAAGCCUUACACCUGCCAACAGUGUGGAAAGAGUUUCCCUUCAAAACAAAACCUUAAAGUCCACAUGAGAGUUCACACUGGAGAGAAGCCUUACACCUGCCAACAGUGUGGAAAGAGUUUCCCUUCAAAACAAAACCUUAAAGUCCACAUGAGAGUUCACACUGGAGAGAAGCCUUACACCUGCCAACAGUGUGGAAAGAGUUUCCCUUCAAAACAAAACCUUAAAGUCCACAUGAGAGUUCACACUGGAGAGAAGCCUUACUCUUGCAAGUAUUGUGGGAAGAGUUUCGCAAAUGCGUACUCCUGUAACUACCACAUGAGAAUUCACACUGUUCAUUCAACAUUCAACAGUAAGUAAAGAAAUACAUGCAAAGAAACAGAUUCAUGAAGGCUCACGGCCAGUUCAGCACACAAGACAAAAGUAAAAAACACCAGUUAUGAAAGUUUAUGAACAACAGGUGCAACGGUCACAUAAAUUCCGCCAAGUUUUUUAAUGGUUGUAAUGAAAAUUUGACAAUUCUUCCACCGUGCAGUUUCGCUAGUAAACUGUAAGUAGUUUUCCUAAUUGCUUUAUCUCAGUAAUUGCUCACUACCAGUUUGUGUGCGCAUGCUAUUUGCCAUGUUGUGACAGAUCGCUAGAUCAGUUACAAGAGCAAAACAAG